AUGAUAACUGUCGAUAGAUCAUUGAUUCGUCAGAGUGAUGUUGACCCAUUAAAAGAAGUAGUCGAUGCCGCAUAUAGGGAAGUCAUCAGAAGGACAACUUCCCAGACCUCCUACACUGAUAAAGCUAUACUCACCCCCCGUAAUGAGACCAUCGAUGAAAUUAAUGCUUAUACCAUCUCGCACACCGACAAGCUGUCAAGAGAUUAUUUCAGCUUUGACAGCUUUGAGAUAUCGGACACUCAGUCAGAUAAAAAUGAUACAUUAUACGCUGUUGAGUAUCUCAAUUCCUUGGAAUUCUCAGGGUUGCCUUCGCACAAACUUAUUCUGAAAGUUGGUGCCCCGGUUAUGCUUCUGCGAAACAUAAAUCAAAAGAAGGGAUUAUGCAAUGGUACCCAUAUGAUCCUAACCCACAUAGGCGACCGCAUGCUUAAGGCAGAAAUUAUCACUGGUUCGCACAUUGGAAAAGAAGUCUUGAUCCCAAGGAUUGUUCUUUUGCAUGAUGAAACAAAGCUACCGUUCACAUUACGUCAGCGCCAAUUCCCUAUCACGUUGUGUUACGCAAUGACAAUCAACAAAAGCCAAGGCCAAAGUUUAAAAGAGGUCAUCUUAUAUCUGCCUAAACCAGUCUUUGCUCAUGGUCAACUUUAUGUGGCCCUCUCACGUGUCACAAGCAAAGCAGGAUUAACGAUCAUCAAAAGCGAAGAUUCUCACCAGCUGAAAGUGAAGAACAUAGUUUACAAAGAAAUCUUCAAUGGUCUUCCUCCCUACAAAGGUGGCGCAAAAUGCCUUAUGCUCUAUGCUGAUGUGGCGUAA